AGAGCAUAUUUUAAAUUUUACUCAGAACACUCAAAAAACUAACAAAACCACAAAGAUGAAAAAUGUUGAUGCUUUUCAUGAUGGUGUUAGCAGCUCUCAAAGGGACCUGCAUUUGCGUCAGACACACUAGAGAAAGGCCUUCCCUACCAGAGUGCCUGCUUCCAGGAUGGGUUUUGUGUUUGUUACUUUCCUGGCUCAAACAUUUACUACUUGUCAACUAUGUGUAAGAUGUCACUGUAAAUAUCAGGGAUGGAGUGAGCAAAGUAAAACCUGUGUUAUAUUCUACUGAAGGAGAUGAAUGAUGAACAAAGUAAGUAAAUCAGGUAGUGUAUUAGAUGGUAACAUUAUCAUGCAGUGGAAAAUACAUAAAACUAGAGAGGAUGGCAAAGGAGAGCCAGUCAUGAAGUUGCAGCCAGACAGAACUUUUUAAACAAAGUCAGUGACUUUUGAACAAAGAGAGAAGAUGGUUAAAAUCCUAUAGGUACCCUGGAAAACAUUACAGACAAGAUGGCUUAAGGCACAUACAGGAUGAAGUGAGGACCCAAGGCCAGGAGCAGUGAAUGAAGAGGGUAGACGUGAACACUGGAGGAGAGAGGGAGAGUGUGGGCCAAAAGCCAUGAGACAGUUAGUCUGUUCUGUAAGACUUUCGAUUGACUUUGCUCUGAGUCAUACAGACAGGCAGCCAAUGAAAAGUUCUCAGCAGAGAAAUAAUAUGGUCUGACUGAUAUUUUGAGGGAUGGGGAAUUAUGAGAGCUGUCUCUAGUUGUGAAGGCAUUUAAGGUGGGUCCUUAAUCCUUAAUGACUUGAAACACCUUAACUUUUGUUCUUAAAUAUUCAGCAAAAUAAGUAAGUGAAUACAUUUACUCUGAGUGUGAUGAUGCUCUCUUCCAGAGGGGAGAAGAGCUAUUCCUCACUUGGCAGAAAAGCGUAAGUGACCAAACUCAGUGCCAUAGGCCCUUUUUAUAAUUUUUCAUGUCCUAAGCAUGAACACUAAAUGUCCUAUUUAGUCCCCACCUCCCAGCACUGCUGCAAUAGGGAUUAAGUUUCAACAUGAAUUUUGGAGGAGACAAAAAACACUCAAACUGCAGGAGAACCAUUCCAAGUACAGUGCCUUGAGGUGCGCCAGAAUUACUCAGGUGCUCUGGAGACUGUGAACCAGAUCAUUGUGAACUUUCCCACUUUCCUUCCUGCUUUUGAAAAGAAAAUGAAAUUACAACUAGCCUUGCAGGACUGGGACCAGACAGUUGAGACUGCACAAAGGUUGCUGCUGCAAGAUAGUCAAAAUGUGGAAGCACUGAGGAUGCUAGCUCUUUAUUAUUUGUGCAGGGAGGGGGACAUGGAGAAGGCUUCCACUAAACUGGAACACUUAGGAAAUGCGUUGAAUACCAUGGAACCACAGAACGCUCAACUGUUUUAUAAGAUUACAUUAGCCUUCAGCAGAACUUGUGGACGUAAUCCGCUCAUUCUUCAAAAAAUUCAAACAUUUUUAGAUAGAGCUUUUAAUCUAGCCCCACAUCAGCCAGAAAUUGCUACAGAACUUGGAUACCAAAUGAUUUUCCAAGGCAAAGUGAAAGAGGCAUGGAGGUGGUAUAAGACAGCCAUGACCCUCAAUGAGACCAGUAUCUCGGCCGUUACUGGACUUAUUCGAUGUCAAUUAAUCGAAGGACAGUUAGAGGAUGCAGACCAGCAGCUAGAGUUCUUCAGUGAAUUUCAGCAGUCCAUGGGGAAAUGUGCGGAAUUAAUCUAUUUACAUGCGGUUCUUGCGAUGCAAAAAAAUAAACGACAAGAAGAAGUUAUAAAUUUGUUAGAUGAUGUCUUGGAUACUCAUUUCUCAAAUUUAGAGGAGUUACCUCUUGGAGUACAGUAUUUUGAAAAGCUAAAUCCUGAUUUCCUGCUAGAAGUUAUUAUAGAAUAUCUGAAUUUCUGUCCAAUGCAGCCUUCAAGUCCGGGUCAGCCUCUUUCUCCACUUCUCAGACGUUGUACCUCAGUUCUGGAGACAAUAGUAAGAACAGUACCAGGUCUUCUGCAAGCUGUCUUCCUAAUAGCAAAAGUAAAAUAUUUGUCAGGGGAUAUUGAAGCUGCAUACAACAACCUGCAGCACUGCCUGGAGCACAACCCCUCCUACGCAGAGGCCCAUCUCCUGAUGGCUCAGGUUUAUUUGUCUCAAGAAAAAUUCAAGUUAUGUUCUCAGUCUCUCGAACUUUGUCUGAGCUAUAAUUUUGAUGUGAGAGAAUAUCCUUUAUAUCAUUUGAUCAAAGCUCAGUCACAAAAGAAAAUGGGAGAAAUAUCAGAAGCCAUUACAACCCUGCACAUGGCAAUGAAUUUACCAGGAAUGAGGAGAACGGGCACUUCCUCAAAAUCCAGGAAAACUGACGUGGACAGAAGCAAUCGUUUAUCCAUCUUUCUUGAGUUGGUGGAAGUUCACCGUUUAAAUGGAGAACAGCAUGAGGCAGCAAAAGUUCUACAAGAUGCCAUCCAUGAAUUUUCUGGAACAUCUGAAGAACUGAGGGUUACUAUUGCUAAUGCAGACCUAGCUCUGGCCCAAGGAGAUACUGAGCAGGCUCUGAACAUGCUUCGGAAUGUCACUGCUGAGCAGCCUUACUUCAUAGAGACCAAGGAAAAAAUGGCAGAUAUUUAUUUGAAGUAUAGGAAAGAGAAAAUGUUAUAUAUCACCUGUUACCGAGAAAUUGCAGAAAGAAUGCCCAGCCCUCGGUCCUUUCUUCUUCUUGGUGAUGCAUACAUGAAUAUUCAAGAGCCCGAAGAAGCUAUAGUUGCCUAUGAACAGGCAUUAAACCAGAACCCAAAAGAUGGGACUUUGGCAAGCAAAAUUGGGAAGGCUCUUGUCAAAACUCACAACUAUUUCAAGGCAAUCACUUAUUAUGAAGCUGCUCUGAAAAGUGGACAACAGAAUUACCUUUGCUAUGAUCUGGCUGAGCUCUUACUAAAAUUGAAAUGGUACGAGAAAGCAGAGAAAGUUCUUCAGCAUGCUCUCUCUCACGAACCAGUAAAUGAACUGUCAACACUCAUGGAAGAUGGGCGUUCACAAGUUCUUCUAGCAAAAGUUUACAGUAAAAUGGAAAGACCUGGAGAAGCAGUCAUUUCCUUACAGCAGGCUCGAGAAUUGCAAACACGAAUACUGAAACGUGUUCAGAUGGAACAGCCAGAUGCAGUUCCUGCCCAGAAACAUUUAGCAGCGGAAAUUUGUGCAGAGAUUGCAAAGCAUUCUGUUGCUCAGCGAGACUAUGAAAACGCAAUUAAGUUCUACAAAGAGGCUCUGAUUCAUUGUGAAACAGAUAAUAAAAUAAUGUUGGAACUGGCCCGACUGUAUCUGGCUCAAGAUGACCCUGAAGCCUCCAUGCGGCAUUGUUCUCAGCUCCUCCAGAAUGACCAAGAUAAUGAACCUGCCACCAUGAUGAUGGCUGAUCUCAUGUUCAGAAAACAGGACUAUGAACAAGCAGUGUUUCAUUUACAACAGCUUUUAGAACGCAAACCAGAUAAUUAUAUGACUUUAUCUCGUUUGAUUGAUCUCCUAAGAAGAUGUGGUAAACUUCAUGAUGUUCCAAGAUUUUUUUCAAUGGCUGAGAAAUUUAACUCCAGAGCAAAACUGGAGCCAGGAUUUCAGUACUGUAAUGGACUACAUCUUUGGUAUACUGGAGAACCAAAUGAUGCCCUUCGACAUUUUAAUAAAGCUCGGAAAGAUAGUGACUGGGGCCAAAAUGCCAUCUACAAUAUGAUAGAAAUCUGUUUGAAUCCAGACAAUGAAACUAUUGGAGGUGAAGUAUUUGAAAACCUAGAUGGAGACCUGGGUAAUUCAACAGAGAAGCAAGAGUCUGUGCAAUUAGCAGUGAGGACAGCAGAGAAACUCCUUAAAGAACUAAAACCUCACACGGCUCAGGGUCAUGUCCAGCUUCGCAUAAUGGAAAACUAUUGUCUAAUGGCCACCAAACAGAAGGCAAAUGUUGAACAAGCAUUGAAUGCCUUUACUGAGAUAGCAACCGUGGAGAAAGAUCAUAUCCCAGCCCUCUUAGGAAUGGCCACUGCUUACAUGAUCUUGAAGCAGACUCCACGAGCUAGAAAUCAGCUGAAGAGAAUUUCAAAAAUGAUUUGGAAUCCUAUUGAUGCUGAGGAGUUUGAGAAGAGCUGGCUACUCCUUGCCGAUAUUUAUAUUCAGUCAGCAAAGUACGACAUGGCAGAAGAACUACUAAAACGAUGCCUACGUCAUAACAGAUCUUGCUGCAAAGCUUAUGAAUAUAUGGGCUACAUUAUGGAGAAAGAGCAAGCAUACUCAGAUGCUGCCUUCAACUAUGAGAUGGCAUGGAAACACAGCAACCAGACAAACCCAUCAGUAGGUUACAAAUUGGCAUUUAAUUACUUAAAAGCAAAAAGAUAUGUGGAUUCAAUUGAUAUAUGUCACCAGGUUCUUAAAGCACAUCCAGCGUAUCCAAAAAUCAGAAAAGAAAUCCUUGAUAAAGCACGCUCAUCUUUAAGGCCUUGAAACAGUGAUUUUUAACUUCAGUAAGCAGGAAAAAAAAA